GAGAGAUAGAGAGGUUUACCACAGUCUACAAAGGGAGGGAAAGGAAGCAAGCUGAAAAAAAAGCAUACACAGUGUUAAAAAAAAGUAAGAAAGAAAGACAGAAAUACAGUAUUGUGAACAGCAGGUCUGAUAGAUUUCUAGAGAAGUCCAGUCCAGAAGUAGGAUCACCUCGGUGGUGUGAUGCAGUCUGAAAGUUAACUUCAUACAGUAGUAGCGUGGCACAAUUUCACAACAGGACUAAAACCGAGAUGAGCUGUGCAAUGACGAGGUGCAGGCGUGAUGCUCAGCGGCAAGCACUUGAUCUAAACAACGAGGCCUAGAAGAACCAACGCUGGGGUCAGUUAGUGAGGAAACAGAUCCUUCCUCUGUCGAUGAAUCACCACAGGAGGAGCUGCACCAGUCCACCAGUGGCUUAAUAACACUUUCUAAAAAAAAGAUCAUGGCUUCACCGAGUUGAUCAGAUAUAAUGAAAAGAUUGGACGAUGAGCCCACACAGAGUGGGAACAGGACGAGCCUUUCUGGCAAGCUCACCAAUGGUGACUCUGUGACUCAGAGAAACCCUGUGGCUUUAUUGCAGGGGUUACGUCUGUGUCAAGAGGCAUGGAACCCAGGAAGCCCAUGGGACAGACAGGGAGCUCAUGCUGCUCUUUGGGGCAGGCAACCAGGGAGUUUCCUGGUAGUGUCUGACUCCUCUUCUCAGAAUAAUCUUCUGUGUGUGUCUAUCGAUGACCAAAGCAAGAAAGUUCAAGACUUUCCCAUCAUACACACUGGCUCAGCACAGCGCCUAAAUACAUCUCACUUGGCCUUCUCUGACCUGCUGCAGCUGGUGGUCUUUUACACUUUAAGCAGAGAUGUGUUGCCUUUGUGCUUGUCAGUUCCUUCAUGGGUGUGUGGCUUAACAGAACAGUCAGAACUUCUUGCUUUCCCACCUGGUCCAAAGGUCUGGCUUUGUCCCACUGCAGAACCGCUACCAGAAACAAUGAGUCCAGGAACACCAGACACUCCAGACACUGUAAUGUGCACCAUUCAGUUAACAGCAGCCAAUGGUGCACUCUGCUUUAUUAACCCACUGUAUCUCCAAGAGCAUGGAGACGAUUGGCUGACACAUACCUCAGUCAGCACAACUUUCACUAGUCGCUCCUUCAAUCCUAAGCGUGAUAGGAGGCUGAGCAUGGCAAGAGCUUGGCCAGGGGCAGGGUUGAAGAAGCGGGCCGAGUCACUGGAAGACUCAUCUGCCAGUUAUGAAAGCUCAGCAGGUUCUCCUGUUGAGAACCCGGUUUCCCCAGUGAUUCCAUCUGGAGUGGUUUUGCGCAGAGCAAGCAGCACUAGUACCACAGAUCCUCUAAAGAGGGUGAGUGCGGAUUCGAUCAGCCCCAUCCCUCAGUCACCUCAUCGGGUGUCUUGGGUCGAGGACAAACCAUGGAACCCACCUGCUCCUUCCUCCCUGCUGCACCCUCCAUGCCUAGAAUUAGAUUCUCUGUCAAUGAGCAGCAUAGAAGAGGAGACUGAUGUCGAGCCAUCUGCAAGCCCUUCCCUUGUACAAAACUCACCACGCCUCCCACUGGCUGACAAGGUAAAGAACAGGCUUUCAGCAGUCAGCCAGGCUCUGGGUGGCUUGAUGAACCCACAGAGACGACUGAGCAAGCGAGUGCAGGAAAUGAGCGAACGCAAGGGCAGUGCCUUCGCAGAGGCUCUAAGGGGAUUUGUGGAGCAGACCCUGAAAACGAAAGCUACUUGUGUGGUGACAAGUACAGAGAUCCUUCAAGAAGUACGCUCCUCUCUUACAGCUCUAAGGGAAAUGUUGUAUGACUCUUCUGAAAUCCAGAGCAUCACAGAUUCUUUUGGAGAUGUGCCUGAUUUUGAGCUGGAUACCAUUAUGGAGCAAGUCUUACAUAAAGUGGCACUAAAGCCAGUGUCUACCCAUUUGUAUGAGAGCAUAAAGACGGCACGACAGCAGAAUGGCAGCCUGCAGCAGCUGCAAGCAAACCAGAAUACACUGAAGGACAAAAGCCUAGAGGAGCUGGAAGGGACAGCAGGUGCAGGUGUUCCUGAUGCAGCCAUGCUGGAGAAAAUCCAGCAGCGCUGGGCUACCAUGCACCAACAAUACUCACCCCAAAAGAAGGUGGACUUGCUGCUCAAAGUGUGCAAAAAUAUUUACCACAGCAUGACUGUCAAUGCCAAGCCUGGUGUAGUUUUCGGAGCAGAUGACUUCUUGCCCUGUUUGACAUGGGUAUUACUCCGCAGCAAUGUUGUCACUCUGCAGAUAGACACAGACUACAUGAUGGAGCUGCUGGAUCCCUCUCAAUUACAGGGAGAAGGUGGAUACUACCUGACAUCCCUCUACGCCUCCUUGUUCUACAUUAGCAGUUUCCGGUCUCGUUUGGCAACACGCCAGCUGAGCGUCGAAGCCCAGAAGUCCCUCAGCCAAUGGCAUCGCAGACGCACGCUCCACUGCAACCAGUCACGGCGAAGCAGGAACCGCAGGACAAUCAGGAGGCACAGAAGUGGUGAAAAAGUCAAUGAGGACUCAGAAGAGGUCACUGCAAGUACAUCCGAAGAGAAAAAAGGACAAUGGACUUUGGAUGCGAAUGAUGUGACAAAAAGACUUCAGAGUUUAACUGAGAGUUCUGGAGAUGAAAAGGAAGAGAAGCAGAAUGGAAGAUCAGUGGACUUACAGUAACAAAUCCCUCUAAGGAAGGGUAAUAGAUGAGUAAUGGUAACAUUAAAACUGCCCUGCACUUUUGCCUUAACAGUGUGUGCUGAAGUAUUUACUGAAAUGUAAACAAUCGCUUUCGCCAAAACUCUACAAUUAAGGGUUUUUAUAUAUUGUGUUUCCUAAUGGCAUCGUUUAUGAGGCCUUAACCGCACCAUUUGAUAAAAUUCUACAUACUCAGUGCUGUAUAAUACACUCAGAAGUAACUUAAUUUAAUUUGUAGCAGCUUUAGAGUAAUCAAAAUACUGAUUUAAAUGAACCAAAUAAACCAAGCACACUCGAAACCCA